AUGGAUUCAGCUAUUGACGGAGUGAAAAGUCACACGCCACGAAAUUGUGUUGCUGUGAACAACGUGCCUGCUGGUAGCGGUGAUGGUCGGUUUGCACUUUGUUUGGUGAACUUGAAUGAAGACAAAACUGAUACAAAAAACGACGAAUUGGAUUGGACCGCUGAAGCCUUAGCGAACUUCAUCUCCUCUAGGAGUGCGGAACUACUGCUUGCCGGUGGUGAUAUCCUCAGCAUUUUUGGUAGAGUUGAAUACUGGCUUGGCCUUGCGUGGGGUACUUUGGCCGGUCUCGCAACUGCGUGGAUGAUCGGACGUUGUUGUGGUAGUAGAAGAAGUGGUGGUGGCGGUGAGUCGAGAAACGUUUAUUAUCCUGCUGAGGAAAAGAGAGUCGAAGUUUCUAUCGGCGAGCAGACGAUCGAUGGCAAUGACGUUGUUAUUUCGGUGGAGACGCCAGCGACUGAGUCUACUAGUGCGGAAUCAGCUACCCCGAGAGUGAUGGUGGACAAUGUGAAGGAGGCUGCUGAGGCAUAUCGUAGAGAACUUCCCGAUGUACGAUUCAAUGCGCCUGUGUACCGCGGAAAAGUGAAGGACUUAUCACAGUUCUCGACAGUUCCCUCAUCUAUUGAGGCGGUUGAGUUGCCUCAGACAGAAGUUAUGAGGUCUCAUGCUGAUGGUGCUCUCUCUGGACGGGCGGAACAAACCGCGGUGUCUUCAGCAGCGGAGAUCCCGGACUCGAGGUCGGCAACUGAACCUAAGCUGGGCGGAGGAAAUGAGUCACCUCCCACUCUAAGCAAAACUGACGCUAUUGCUGGUGCUGCUGAUAACUCGAAUGCACCCAACGCUACGGUUACACCGGCGUUGGCGGACAUUGAGUACAGCAAGGGACCAGCAGCCUCUCCACGGCAAAACGUGACUGGUGGUAAAUCGAAACGUCAUCGUCCUCCGAAGCCGGAGCGUCAGAGAUUGGCAGCGUUGAGGCAACAACAACGUGAAGAGGAAGCAGCUGAGAAAGCUGCCCUACUCGCGCAAGCUCAAGCGUGA